AAAAAAAAUUGUUUUCUUAAAAUUCAUAAAUAAAACAUAACAUAAAUAAUAGAUACAUACAUAUAUAUACUGAAUUAUCGUCAACUGGAACAGCAAAAAUGCAUUUCAUUGUGAUCGGCAUGUUAAUAAUGCAGGCUGCAAGAUUGGCUUGUGGGACAUGCGUUUUUGAAUCUGAUUUUGGUUUUAUACUGAAUUGUAACUUCAAAAAGUCUGGACUGUUUCGUGUCAGAAAUUUGGGUGGUCUAAAGGCGCACUUUGGUUUAGGUUUUAGUUUGGGUGAUGAAUUAGGUUUCGCUGAGUCGUUGGGAAAUUUAGAAGGGGGUCGUCGUCGAGCCAUUAGUUAUAGAAACGGUCCUGUACCUAAUGGUGUGGGCGUAUUGCCAGCUUCAGUUCAGCAGCAGGCCGAGGCUCAAGCGUUUAACGAUAAACAUGUCAAAUCGCGUUCCUCCUUAAUGCUAAGUCCCGAACUUACGGAAUCAUUAGUAAAACAGGCUAAAGCAUCAGAAAAGUCAGCUAAACAAGCUAAGCAAGUGCCGCUAAUGACUGAAGCGAGACCUUUACCUUUGGGAGUACCGGCAUUUCGUCCUAUACCCGCAAGAGCACCUAGCAUACAGAUGGCUCAACGACGCCAUCACGUUGCCAUGGAUGCCGCUCAUCCUAAACUGAGAGUUAAUAAUAAAAUUGUUGAUGAAUAUCAAUAUAAUACCAAUCGAAAUCACACGUUCCACGUGCACAAUCCAGUUAUUUCGCAGCCUGUAGCGGUACCACCCUUUCAAGCUAUGCCCAAUUCAGUCAAUAAGAUAACUACAGUUUUAAAGGCAACAGAACCAAUUCCUCAAACCGACAUCUCUCACAACAUAAAUCCUAAUUAUAUGCAAUUCGAAGAACCAAAAUUCGAUUUAAAAGAUAUUACGGUCGAAGAGUUAGCAUCAGCCGCUAAUGUAAGCGUUGAUACGAUUAAACGGGCGAUAUAUGUGCGUGAACAAGAAAUGCGUGCCGAGUAUCGUGCUAUGUUAGCAGCGAAAUUGCGCCAGGAAUUUAUGAGAACAUCUCCGUCAACUGCGGCCACAACAAGUACUACGACAACUACAACCGCUAAACCUAAACUAAGCAUUUAUAAUACUAUACCUGCAGUAAAGUCGGGAGAAAUACUGAUACCAAAGGUUAUGAAUGCCCCUAAAGAGUAUUAUCCCGUGGGUUAUGAGAAAAAUUUCGAUGAUAAUUUUAAAUCAAAAGUAGAUUUGCCGCCAACUACUUUCUCUUGCGCGACACAGAAACAUUUUCCUGGCCUGUAUGCCGAUACUGAACUUGGAUGUAUGGUCUUUCACGUUUGCGCUUUAACCGAUGAUGGGAUGGUACGUAAAUCGUUUUUAUGCCCGGAAGAUACACUUUUUGAUCAAACAAUUUUGAAAUGCAAUUGGUGGUUCUAUGUAGACUGUAUGGCCAGUCCGAGUGUCUACGAUUCGAAUAUACCCAUUUCGAAAAGUUAUCAGUUAAUGAAAUCGCUCAGCUAUUUUUCAAAAUAUGCUCAAAAUAUUAAAGAUAAAGACACGAAUCACGAUGGCGAGGAGAGCUCUCGUUAUGACACCGAGGCAGAUAUACAAUUGCUGAAAAAUGCCAUGUUUAGCAAAGAUUUUGAUCGAGCUGCUGAUACAAGCCAAGAACUUCAAAACACACAUGAACAGCUAGAUAAAGAAAUACAAACUUUGGGAAAAACUCAAGACGAGCAUCAACAUUUAACUGAGUCAUAGAAAUGAUCUUAAUAUACUAAUUAAAUCAAGUUGUUAAUACGUGGAUAAUAUAUAUUCACCAUCGAGCGACAGUUUCAUGAGUACAUUUUAGUCAUAUUUGCAAGAAAUCCUUGUGAAUACUCGUAAUAACAGUUAAUCAACUAAAGCGUUAGAAUAAAAAUUUUGCAUUCAUUCCUUUAGGG